AUGUUAAAAUAUUACAUUUUUAUUGGUGUUUUUUUCUUCGCCCUUAACUUGGUAGCAUGUAAAUCUAAAAUAUCUAAAUGUGUGUUUUAUGAUAAAAGAAAUCUUGAAUUAAAACAAACUUUUUAUGUUCCUGAAGCUGAUGUAAGUAUGUAUAAAGCUACUAUAGAAAAAUUGUUAUCAAGAGAACUUAAUAUGUUAAAUGAAUCUGUAGAAUCAAAUGAGAAAAGUAGUGAAAAUAAGAAUAUAACAAAUUUAGAUGAUAUUAAGAAAAAGGAAGAAAAAAAUAAAAAUAAAGAAAUGGAAGAAAAACUAAGAUAUAUAGAAAAAUAUAGAAAUUAUGCAAAAAGUAUAUUGAAAAAUGUAGAAUUUAAAUGUGAAAAUAUUGAAGAUUAUGAAGCUAAAAUAAAAUGCAACUUAUGCAUAUAUACAGAAAUUGUUAAUAAUAAACAUAUAAGACAAGGACAAGUUAUACAAAUAUUUAUGAAUGAAUGUAUGUAUGGAUUUUAUUAUUAUGAUAAUAUAAGCCAAUAUACUGAAAAUAAUGAUGUUUUUAAAAGUAUAAAUGAAGAAAGUACAGAAACCAAAAUAGAUGAUAUAUAUUUUAAUAUAACUAAAGAUGUUACUGAAGGAAAUACAAGUCAAAUAAAUUUUUUUAGACAAGAAUCAAGUAAAUAUCAUCCAGUAUGUUAUGUUACUGAAUAA